UUUUGAUGUUUUGAAGUUGGGAAGAUUUAACAGAGUCUUUUGAAUCCUUCGUAAAAGACACGAAACUUUCGAAGGCUUUUUUACGCCCACUUGCCUUAUUCAAAAUUUUUCCCUGCUCUGAAGACUUGAUACAAAUGGCCUUCACGACAGCUGCGCUUCUCCUCUUGAGCUUUUCAACACUGGCAAGAGGAAUCUGGAAAUAUGGAGACAGUGAUGUUAUUCACGGAGUUUAUGGACCUGAUGCAUGGGGAAAUGUUGCCAGCUCAUGCCGUCUGGCCGACCAAUCACCAAUCGAUAUUGCAACCAAGACGGUAGAGUCUGAUGCAUCUCUAGGAGAAUUGGACAUCACGUGUGACAAUGACAAAGGACUGUUCAAUGGAAUCCUACUGAAUAAUGGAUAUGAGCCAAUCCUGACCGCGGAUGACAAGAGAGGCACUUGCAACUUAACCGGUGUUCCCGUGAUUAAUAAGAACUUUCAGCUGCAUGAUUUAAACAUCCAUUUUGGAUGUGACGCUGAUCGAGGAUCAGAACAUACUAUUGAUGGGAAAAGUUUCCCAGCAGAGUUGCAAUUGAUGUUUUACAACACAGAAUAUGGGUUUUAUGACAAUGCAGCCUCAAAAAAGGAUGGCUUGGCGGCCAUUUCAGUACUGUUAAAGAUAGGGGAGACUGAAAACAAUGCUCUUGAUAGCAUUGUUGAUCAACUGGAUGACGUUGCCGUGGAAGGAUCUAGUAUCCCUGUUUAUACUCCAGCUGAUAAUUUGACCUUGGCCGACCUUGUACCGGACCUUGCUAAAGAGCAUGCGCCCUACUACACUUACAUGGGUUCCCUAACCACCCCUCCCUGUUACGAAACCGUGAAAUGGAUUGUCAUGAAGAACCCAGUAACCAUCACUAAAAAUCAGCUUGAAGCGUUCAAGAAACUCACAUCGGUACAAGGCUCUGAAUGUGACAAUUUUCGGCCGACUAAACCAGUGAACGGUAGAAAGGUGGAGGCAAAUUUCUGAUUCAGGGAAACUCAAUGCAUAGGUCAGCAUCUACAAGAAAGUAGUUGG